CCCAGCCCUCCUCCAGCUGCCAGCUCCAGCUCCCCGAGCACCCCUGAGAAGCAGGGGACACAAACCCUGCCAACAGCCAGCUCCAGUGGGAACAGCAGCAGCAUCCGCAGGGAGCAGCGGCAAAAAUAUGCCGCAUGGGCUUGUUUGGGAUUUCGAGUGGGGGUGAAGCGCGCCAGGUGCGAAGACCAGGAGCCUGAGGCGUUGCACCAAAAGCCCGUGGAGGCAGAGGGGCCUAAGGAAGAGGAUGAAAGUGACACUGUGAGUGCGAGGGAGGAGGAGAAAGACAUCAGAAAUGAAGAAACUACUAAGCUGGAAAAAUCCUCUGAUUUGGAUACAGGAGUUAAAGAAACUUGCACUGCCUCCACAAAUCCUCCUCCAUCAGCAAGUGAACAACCAGACUACUUCAUAAAAUACGUAACUAUCGUGUCGUACGAACAACGCCAGAAUUACAAGGAUGACUUCAAUGCUGAGUACGAUGAAUACAAGACCUUGCAUGCCCAAAUGGAGACUUUCACCAGGACGUUCAUGAAGCUUGAGGAACAACAGAAGCUUCUUUCUCCAGGGUCCAAAGAAUAUCAGGCUUUUCACGAGGAAGUCUUGGAAGAGUACCGGAAGAUGAAACAGUCCAGCUCCAACUACAGUGAACUGAAGCACAGAAUCAAGUGCCUCUACAACAAGCUCUCUCAUAUUAAGAGACUAAUCCAGGAAUUCGACCAGCGACAAGCAGAGCUGAGGCACUAG